CAAUGUGGAAGAGAAGAAACAUUGUUUGAGUAAAAGUUCUGUCGCCAAUACUGAAGUAGGAGUAAUAUGUAUUAUUACUUGCUGUUUUAUUACUCGACCACGUCCUUGCCUUCCCUUCCACCUCAGUCUCAUAGCCAGUGACCAAAAAUCUUCCAAAUAAUGAUUGAAGCAAUUCUAUCGGGAUAUGAGGCCACACAGGAAGAACAAAGUAAUGUUUGUGCUCACAAUUUACACAAUGGUUCGCUUUUGAGUACUUUUCGGCAGAGUUCACCAUACCCAAAUGCAACCUGUAUUUCGCGUUCAUAUCUGCUUUCUGCGCAAAAAAAUAAGCCUCAGCUGAACAUCCAUGCUUUUGGAAAGGAGAACCUCGACCAAAGAAUUAUCCUUCCUGAAACAGUGGAGUGUUUAAAGUGCAGUCCCUGUGGUUCCUGGCUGGUUGCUGGCACAAAGUCAGGUCAAUUGUAUCUUUGGUCUAUGCUUUCCGGUGCCCUGCUCCAUUUCUUCCGGGCUCAUUAUGAAGCUUUAACACACUUGGACUUUACGGACGACGGGAUGAUUUUAUUGUCUGGUUCAAAAGAUGGCGAAGUGAAUGCCUGGACGAUGGCAUCUCUUGUGGAUAAAAGCAAUCAAAACAACGUUGGCGUCAAUAGCUCUAUUAAGCCUUAUAGAAAAUUCAGCGGACAUACUAGAGAUAUUACUGGAUUAUACUGCGGGAAGGGACCCGCUGUCGCUUCUCGUGUAUUUACUACAAGCCGCGACAACACUGUGAAGAUCUGGGAUAUGAGCAGUGGUCUCCUACUCACAACAAUUGCCUUGCCCGUAUCGCCCAUCUGUUUCUGUUGUGAUCCGGCUGAACGGGUACUGUACCUUGGUUAUGAAAAGGGUUUUAUAACUGUGCCGUUGUUCGUUAAUCCCAAUACUAAAAAAGAUACAUCAACAGAAAAUUCCGCACCCUAUGCGUUGGGCGGAAAUGGAAAAAUUGUUGAUGGUGUUGAGGGUGAACCAUUUCCCUCUGUGCAACACACAUCUGCUAUUCAGGUACUGACUCUAUCAUUUGAUGGAUCGUUGUUGAUUUCUGGAGAUGCUGAGGGUACCGUGCUUGUUUGGGAUGUCGUUUCCAAACAAGUGUUGCGGAAAAUAGUUACCUUUCCAAAGCCUGUGACCUUUUUACAGACGACAACUGAAAGCAUGCAGUUGCCGGCCAAUUUAACUCCGUUUCCCAUGCUGAAGAGAAUGGUUACGGAAGAGGGCAUUUUGUCCGACUUGUCUGUAGCCAUUGAAGACAAUGGUGUCGAGGAAUUGAUGCAGCUUCCAGAUAUUUUGGAAGUCGGAAAGGAAAUUUUGUCGGAAAGUACUGAAUCUGGUUGGCGUGCAAAGGCUGAGGCCUUAGAGCUCGAACUGAAGGAAGCCCGGUCCUUGUUUUUGGAACUUAAACAGGUUCACCAAGGCUUGUGGGAAAAGUACUUGAAAAUGUAGGAUUAAAGUGAUUUAAUGGAUGGUUUCUAUUUUCAAAAAUUAAAACUAGGUGCAACUCAAAAGCUAUGAAAUAUACAAUUGAUAUAUAAAGACUCCUCAAAAGUCUAUUUUAUGAUACUAGUUCAUUCCGACUGCCGUUGAUUGCGUGUAGACAAGCUGAAAAAAAGUGAUCAACUUUUCAUAAAUCUCUUCUUCAUAAUUACCUAUCGGAUUAGUUGGACCGAAUUGCACUAUUCAUAAAAAAAAGCUUACCGCCUGAAAAUGAAGGGAUUCCGUAUGUUGCACACAAGUCCUCCAGCAAUGUACCAACAGGUUUUGUGGAAGUUACAUAAUUGCGUCCGUGCUGUUCACAAAAUUAGUACUUUUGGCAAUGCAACUACUAUAGCACGUACCGUUAGGAUAUGUUCAGCAAGAGCGGGUGUAUGGAUUUCAUGAUUCGUGGUAAUACAGGAGACAAUAAGUAAACUUCCAAGCUUAUGCUUUAACUCUUCCCAAUGUGCGUCCAAAUAUGUUAACAAGUAGUGUGAACUAAACUCUGCACUGAUAGAGUGCACUCUGUUUCCUUUAAACUUGUUGAAAAUAUAAGGAAGACACACUUGCAUGUAAGUUUCAGGUGAAGAGAUGCCUGUAGCGUGUAUUAGUAGCUGUCAAUGUAGAAGGACUCAAUAACUCAUACCGGGAAUAUCAUGUGAA